CCUCCUCUCCUCCUUCCCCUCCCGGCCUCCCCUCAUCUCGUCCUCCCCCCCUCGAGCCCUCCGCCGGCUAGGGUUACGGCCACCGCCUCCCCCCACUUCCCGUCGGCGGAGGAGGAGGGUGCGCGGGAUGGACCCGGACUUCUCGCCCGGUGGCGGGGGGCCCAGCUUCGAGUUCGCCUUCAACGAGGUCAACUUCUCAGACCGGGAGCUGCGGAUCGAGGUCGUCGCGGGGGACGACGACGCGCCGGGCUCCAGCGGCGGGGGUGCCGGAGGAGGAGGACUCGCCGAUUGGGCGCGCCACCGCAAGCGCCGCCGCGAGGAGCUCCUUAAGGAGAAAGAAUCUACAACUCACAUGUCAGACCAGACAAAUUGCAAUGAAGUCGAAGCAGAAGAGUGUGAUGCAUAUGAAGAAAAUCAAGAGGAACCUGUAGCAAUGAUAGAAGAAUCUCCACCUGAUGUUGGUCAAGAUGCAGGUGAUGAUGGACCAGGUAUUGAUUCGUCUUGGACCGUGGUGGGUACGCCAGUUUUACGAGUAAAGACGAUUUAUAUCAGCUCAGCGAUUCUUGCUGCAAAGAGUCCUUUCUUUUUCAAGCUUUUCUCAAACGGCAUGAAAGAAUCUGAUCAGAGACAUGCAACCCUAAGAAUUACUGAUUCAGAGGAAACUGCCCUCAUGGAGCUUUUGAGCUUUAUGUAUAGUGGAAAGCUGACGACUACUGAGCCCAAUCUUCUUCUGGAUAUCCUGAUGGCGGCUGACAAAUUUGAGGUUGUUUCAUGCAUGAGGUACUGCAGCCAGUUGCUCACAAGCUUGCCUAUGACUACAGAAUCUGCACUACUCUACCUAGAUCUCCCGUGCUCCAUUUCAAUGGCAGCUGCAGUUCAACCUCUGACAGAUGCAGCCAAGGAUUUCCUUGCUGUAAAAUACAAGGAUUUGACUAAGUUCCAAGAUGAAGUGAUGAACAUCCCUCUUGCUGGGAUCGAAGCCAUCUUGUCAAGUAAUGACCUUCAGGUGGCAUCUGAAGAUACCAUCUACGACUUCUUGCUCAGAUGGGCCCGUGCACAAUACCCAAAAUCAGAGGAGAGGCGUGAGAUCUUGAGCUCUCGUCUGCUCCCUCUUGUGCGAUUCAGCCACAUGACCUGUAGGAAGCUGCGGAAGGUCCUAACAUGCACUGAUAUAGACCAUGAGCAAGCAACCAAGUGUGUCACCGAGGCACUUCUAUACAAGGCUGAUGCACCGCACCGGCAACGAGCUCUUGCAGCGGAUGCAGUAACCUGUCGGAAAUUUGCAGAGCGGGCUUACAAGUACAGACCUCUGAAAGUCGUUGAGUUUGAUCGGCCCUACCCCCAGUGCAUAGCAUACUUGGAUCUCAAGCGCGAGGAGUGCUCUCGACUGUUCCCUUCAGGCCGGAUAUACUCGCAAGCAUUCCAUCUCGCAGGGCAGGGCUUCUUCCUCUCAGCUCACUGUAAUAUGGAGCAGCAGAGCACGUUCUACUGCUUCGGCCUCUUCCUAGGGAUGCAAGAGAAGGGCUCGAUGAGCGUGACAGUAGACUACGAGUUUGCCGCGAGGACGAGACCCUCGGGUGAGUUCGUCAGCAAGUACAAGGGCAACUACACCUUCACCGGUGGGAAGGCGGUCGGGUACAGGAAUCUCUUCGCUAUCCCAUGGCAGACGUUCAUGGCUGAUGACAGCCUCUUCUUCAUCGACGGGAUGCUGCAUCUGAGAGCUGAGCUGACGAUAAAGCAGCCCUAGAGCGAUGCAGCAGCUGCGCGAUGUGUUGCCCUGCUGUCAGGUCAGAGUUUGUCCAGCCGCGGGUGUUGUUGCGAGGAAUGGUGUGUGCUGCUGCAGAUAUCCUUUUUGGUUUUUUUCUUUUGCCCAUGCACAUUAAUCCUUUUGUCAAUAGACAGUUUGGUGAUGACAAGUUAAAAAAGGGAAGGCGAAAAAGCCUCCGCUGUUCCUUCAUUAGAAAGAAGGUUGUAUGAUCCUUGUCCCCGAAUAGUGAAAAAGUUAUUAUUACACCAGCUGAAAAGAUAUCUGAUGGCAAACCUUUUACAAA